GUCAUCACUCCYUUCCGUAAGCUCAUCCUGUGUGCUGAGAACAGGAAAGAGAUGGAGGACUGGAUCAGUUCGCUUAAGUCUGUCCAGUCCAGAGAGCAUUACGAGACAGCACAGUUUAAUGUGGAACAUUUCUCAGGGAUGCACAACUGGUACGCCUGCUCUCACGCACGGCCCACCUUCUGCAACGUCUGUAAAGAUAGCUUGUCUGGGGUCACCUCCCAUGGCCUCUCCUGCGAAG